AUGGCAAGGGGACAGCCUCGGAGGAGCGAAGAGCCAUGGACAGCCUUGCGGAACAGAACAGAGUGCAAAACAAAGAUAAAACUCACAAAGUGUGGAAAGAUAACCCUAGGCAUCUUAACGGCGGUGAUCGCUGCGGUAGUAAUUGGACUCAUUGCCUACUUUGCCGCUUGCGGAAAAACACCUUUCUACUACCAUGUCAGCUUUAAGGUUAACAACAUUGACUAUGACAGCAAAUUUGCCAAGCCAUAUUCUCAGGAAUACAUGGACCUAAAUAAAAGGAUAGUGUCUUUGAUGAAUGAAACAUUUCAUGAAUCAAAACUAAGGAAACAGUACGUCAAAGCUCACACUGUGCAAGUCAGCAAAGCCAAAGGGAAGGUGGUGAUACAUGGUGUGCUGAAGUUUAAAUCCUGUUAUAAAAAUAACGUAGAAAAAUUCUGGGACAGCGUCGAGACCAUUUUGUAUCAGAAACUCAAAAGCCAAACCGGAUUACUUAUAGAUUCUUCCUCUUUUAAAUUUUCAGGUUGUGGACGACGCACAAUUACUCCCGGAGGCCACAAAGUAGCAGGAGGCGAGGAUGCUGAGGAGGGAGAGUGGCCCUGGCAAGCCAGCCUUCAACAGAACAAUGUCCACCGAUGCGGAGCCACUCUGAUCAGUAACUCCUGGCUGAUCACGGCUGCUCACUGUUUCGUACGGUCUGCAAAUCCCAAAGACUGGAAAGUUAGCUUUGGGCUUCUUCUAAGUAAACCGCAAGCACAACGGGCUGUGAAGAGUAUUGUAAUCCAUGAGAACUACAGCUACCCUGCGCACAAUAAUGACAUAGCUGUUGUGCGUCUGUCUUCGCCAGUAUUAUACGAAAGCAACAUCCGAAGGGUUUGUCUACCAGAAGCUACUCAGAAGUUCCCACCCAACUCAGACGUAGUGGUCACUGGAUGGGGCACGUUAAAGUCAGACGGAGACAGUCCUAAUAUACUCCAGAAAGGAAGAGUGAAGAUUAUAGAUAAUAAGACUUGUAAUAGUGGAAAGGCAUACGGUGGAGUGAUCACACCUGGAAUGCUGUGUGCUGGGUUCCUGGAGGGCCGUGUUGACGCUUGCCAGGGUGAUUCUGGUGGACCAUUGGUUAGUGAAGAUUCUAAGGGCAUCUGGUUCCUUGCUGGUAUUGUAAGCUGGGGUGAUGAAUGUGCACUUCCAAACAAGCCUGGUGUCUACACUCGGGUGACACACUAUCGAGACUGGAUCUCAUCCAAAACUGGUCUCUAG